CUCCUGCCCAAGCGGAUGAUCCCUGCAACCACAUGAAUGCCCUACAUGCAACCUCCGUCGACCACAUAGCCCACACGCACACAUUAUUGCUUCGACACAAUCGCUAUCCUCCUGCUUCUUGCUCCCUCUCCCAAUUCGCGACCAAGAUACCCCGCCAGCCGCCCCUGCAGUCCAUCCUCCGCUCACCGCAAUUCCCCGCGCCCACCAAAAACCUCCUCCGCAUCGGCCGCACAAGACUACGCAGCGCCUUGCGAUAGUGCAUGGUCCAGAUUAGUACCAAUCGCGUAUGAGCUAGCUGUUCCGCCAUGAGCGCGAUAUUAACAGACCGGCAAGCGGAAGAGCUGCACAAGGCCAUAAUAGCAUAUCUGGGUGUCAUAAACGCGCCAAAGACUGCCGAGGCUUUCCGGGAGGAAGCCAACAUAGCCGACAGCUUCGACGAUGCUACGCGGAAAAAGUAUGAGGGGCUGCUGGAGAAGAAAUGGACGAGUGUAGUACGGUUGCAGAAGAAGGUCUUGGAACUCGAGCAGCGCAACCAGAGCCUCCAGAGCGAGCUCGAUUCCACCACGCCAACCUCGCUCAUCAGAAGGAAUCAAGACCCCACUAGCUGGCUGCCGCGAGCUCCAGCACGGCAUACUCUCCAAUCACAUCGCUCGCCUAUCACAUGCGUCGCGUUCCACCCCGUUUUCUCGUCGCUCGCUUCAGGCUCUGAAGACACUACCAUCAAGAUUUGGGAUUGGGAAUUGGGUGAGCUCGAACGAACGGUCAAGGGUCACACGAAAGGCGUGCUGGACGUCGACUUUGGUGGCCCCAGAGGCGGUACACUACUAGCGUCGUGUUCGAGCGACUUGACUAUCAAGCUGUGGGACCCCUCAGACGAGUACAAGAACAUCAGGACACUUCCCGGACACGACCACUCCGUCUCUGCGAUUCGAUUCGUACCCAGUGGAGCUGCGGGCUCUCCAUCGUCCGGCAACUUACUAGUCUCUGCGUCGCGAGACAAGACUCUACGGAUAUGGGAUGUCACAACAGGAUACUGUGUGAAGACGAUACGCGGACAUGCCGACUGGGUACGAGACGUUGCCCCUAGCUUUGACGGACGAUGGCUCCUGUCAGCAGGAAAUGACCAGACUGCCAGGUUAUGGGACGCUAGCUCAGGGGAGGCCAAGUGCACUUUCCUUGGGCACGAGCAUGUCAUUGAAUGUGUUACAAUAGCGCCCCCAGUAUCCUAUGCCAACCUUGCAGCUCUCGCCGGACUCAAGAAACCGCCACCACUAAGCAGUUCUGCCGAGUACAUUGCAACUGGAUCAAGAGACAAGACUAUAAAGAUAUGGGAUGGACGGGGAACAUUGAUAAAGACUCUUACUGGCCACGACAAUUGGAUACGGUCACUCGUCUUCCAUCCGGGCGGAAAGUACCUACUAUCAGCUAGCGACGACAAGACCAUCCGAUGCUGGGAUCUCACACAAGAAGGCCGAUGUGUCAAGACUGUGACUGACGCACACGGACAUUUCGUCAGCUGUAUGCGAUGGGCGCCAAAUGUCAUCAAGGACGUGCCUGUCAAUGGAGACGCGCCCAAUGGCGCAGCCAACGGCACUAAUAAGAAGAAAGAGGAGGAGGCAGCCAAAGCAGGCAUACGAUGUGUAAUUGCGACAGGUUGCGUUGAUUUGAACGUUCGCAUCUUUGCAUCGUGAGGAGCGACAGCAUUCAACGCUUUUGUCCGUAUCGUUCAGUACGUGUUCUGCAUAGGGAAGGUUGGAUGUACAGGCGAAACGGCUUCCAUACACGAGGCUCCAUGAGUCCUAGUUUUUACGACUUCAUGUAAAUACCCAAGUUACGCGCCAUGAUAGUUUCUCACGCGUCAUGAUAAAGGCGCAAGUAGGAGAGGGGCAUGCAUAUCAGGUUGGCGUCAAUAUGGGUGGGAAGACCAGUGAUAGACCAAUAACAGACACGCGAUCGAUACGACUCGAUACACUUUUACCGAUUGGCAUGAUAUGACUUGAAGUUCCGUGUCGCAUUGCUUGGUAGUAGUCAAGCGCAUCAGCGUGCUGCAAACAUGUUCGAAGCUGAGGCUCGUGUCUCGAUGGAGCACUGCGGGUCCCACU